AGAUGCUUUGACAUUAAUGUUGCCUUUCAUAUGGGAGAUGCUGCUUCCAGUAUGAUGAGUAAGAAAUGAAUGAUCCAACUGUGUACUGUGUUCCCUCUGUAUUCAUCCUAAGUCACAUCCAAGAUUGCAGCACAAACACUGCUGCUUUAUCCACUGCUUUACCUAACAAUGGGCUGACUUGGAAAGUAGCUUCAAGAAUGGUGGUGUUCACAAAUCUAUUGUAGUUGCUGGCUUGCAGCUAUAAUCUUCUACCCUCCAAAGAAUGCCCUCUCUGACAUGGAUUUUCUUUGAGUUUCUCUAGUAACUUCCCUUGAUCAAUUCCCUAAAUCAAGGACAAUUCGAGGAUAUAUAUAAAGGUGGAUGGAGUAAAGCUUCGAGGCAGCAUUAUGUACAAAUCAUUUCGAGGAUUCUUGUGUUGUAUCUAUCCAUCCAUCUGGUGUUAAGAAAACUCUUCAUGAACGCAUACAUAAACUGCAUGGAGCUGGGACUUUGGAUGUAACAAGUCAGUGGAGCUUUGAAUAACAGCUGGUGGCUGGUUUUGAUCAACAUUGCAAAAAUAGUGCAGAGACUAUGAGAGUGAGUUGCAACAGCAACAGGAAGGUUAGUAGAGGAGUCAUCGUUCUACUCGAUGUCAACAGUGAUUUGGUCUCCAAUUCCUCUUGGUACACAAUCAGCACACUUUAUGAGAUUCCCAAUUUGAUUGGGGAUUUUGACUUCUAGAUUUAUUUUGGUGAUGAUUAAUACAUUAGUGAUCCAACAAUUUUAUUCUUAAUGACUUAUUGUUGUGUACAACCUCUAGCGUUUCCUAAAGUAGAGGAAACUUUGUAAUAAUGCUAUUUUUAAAGU